GCUUGUCAGUCCUUUUUCUCUUGUCGACCAUUGACUUUGAACUUUGAAGUCUUCGAGUGUGUGUGUCUAUAUAUGAAUAUAUGCAUAGUAUUAGUUUCCUAUACAGAAGCUAAAAUAGAUGUACUAGUAAGAAACUGAGAAUCGGGAAACAGGAUCGAUCCAGAAGAUAUAGCAGUUUUGUCCUGUACAAAUGGCAAUGGAAGCUCAAACUUUUCCCUCCCCUCCUUUUUCUACGGAAGGUUUGGGGCCUUGUGAACUGUCAUACUCCCAUUCAUUUAACAAUUCUUUUCACCAGUGGACUUUCUGGAGCACAUGCGGCAAUGACGAAGGACGCUGCGGGAAGCCUCAUCAUCUCUCAGCCGCUGCUGACGCUGCUGUGAUUAAGACCGACAUCAAAUGGUUUAUGCAACUCGAUACGGAAACAAUAAUGUGGUGGCGGUGUCUAGUUCAGUUCUGGGGUUUAGUGAGGAUUGGCGACAAAACGUAUUUGACAACUUGUGACCAGCCUUUUGCUCUCUGCUACUACUUUGAUCCAGACGUCAAGCCACUAUGUGAAUAUAGGAAGCUCUGUUUGGAGUGCUUAAUACCCGUGGAUGAUGAUGAUGAUGAUGAUGAUGAUGAUGAUGAUGAUGAGCUUAUAAUUGGUCCCCCUGGUCGGGUGUUCCGCAGUGGAAUCCCUGAACAUGCAGAGGAUGUGCAUGAUUACACUAGUAGAGAGUAUCCUCAACGUGAUUAUGCGGUCGACCGUGCCAGGUAUUACUGGGCGUUGCCAAUCUACCAUCCUACUCGGCACCUUCCCGUUGGUGUACUGGAAAUUGUAUCACCAUAUGUUGUUGGCGACUUACCUCGACGUCAGGUUUUGGAGAAGCUUCAGAAUCUACUACAGAAGGUGAAUCUGACAACUACUUGUGUAAGACUCGCGGAAGCAAGUUCAUGUGAGUACCUCAAGUAUUUUUUUUGCCUCUUUUUAUACUGCAUAACCUUGGCUGAAGCUUUAGGCUAUCCAUUCCUGCUAAUACUUUUAAGCCAUUCAUCUAUAGGUCAAGAUGGAGAAAUUGCAAAAAUUGACAAAGCAUUGAGAAAUACCAAGUCAAUAUUCAAGCGUCCAAAACAUGGACUGUAUUAUCCCGAAACUUGGACUACUUCUGGAGAAAUACUAAGUUCUCGUGAAGGCGUAGAUUUUAUUCGGAAGGGACAAGGGGUAGUUGGGAGAGCAUUCUCAUCCAAAAGUGCAUGCUUUUGUAGGGAUAUAAGACAAUUAAGCAUAACAGACUACCCGUUGCUACUCAAGGCACGAUUUCUUGGGUACUCUUCCUGUUUUGCAGUUUGUUUGCAGAGCUCUUGCUCGAACAAUUGCAUUUACGUAUUGGAGUUCUUUUUACCUACAAAUGAAAAAGACUAUGGGGAUUGUAGGAUAAUGCUGAACAGCAUAAUGGAGAAAUUGAAAAAAUACCUCAGAAGUUCUUUUAAGAUUGCUUUAGGACAAGAAUUGGGGCAAAAAUUGACUGUUGAGGUUAUAAAGGUCACUCCAGAGGAUGAAUUUGAUUCUUUUGAAAUCUGCAGUACUGCUGGUAUUGAAUCUACACCUAGGCUUGGAAAAGUACAAGGAGGAGAAGGAAUGAUGCAACUUGAUUUCUCAUCUCAACAAGUUGAUGCUGCAAAUGGUUCUAUGAAUGGAGGUGUUGAAUCUACACCUAGGCUUGCAAAAGCACAUGGAGGAGAAGGAAUGAUGCAAGUUGAUUUCUCAUCUCAGCAAGUUGAUGCUGCAAAUGGUUAUAUAAAGGGUGUCCAUGGACAGCAGAGUGGGAUUGUUAGAUCUCCACCUAGACCAGAGCACGCGCAGGACUUUGUCAACAUAUCAUAUCAAGAAUUAAAUCUUGCAGGAGUUGAUGUUGCGCACAAUUCUAUGAAUGGUAUUUAUGAACAGCAAGAUGGAAUUGUUAGAUCUUCAAUUGGACAGGUGCUCAUGCAGAACAUGGUCAGCAUAGCGGAUUAUGAACCAAUUGUGGAAGAUCCUGAAAGAGAUGAUGCUAGUAUAGAACAGAGCGGCAAUGAAGUGACUAAUUUAAAGAUGCAAGAGCCUAGUUGUACUUUAAAAAGCGACCUUGGAAUUACUCACGAGGUUCUUGAACAAAAUUCUAUGAGGAAACUUGAAGAUGCUGCAAAAAAUAUUGGAGUCAGUCGAUCUACAUUGAAGCGUAUAUGUAGGGAGUAUGGUAUUCAUAGAUGGCCCCCUCGUAAAGAAAGAAAGGUCAACCAAGUCUUUGCUAAACAAAAAGUUGUUCAACCCGCUAUUGAAAAUGUUGAAGAACACCACUGGUUAGAUGCAACAAGGCUAGAAGAUGAUAGCAGUAUGUGGAUGAUCAAGGCAAAAUAUCAAGAGGACAAGAUAAAAUUUGAACUUUCAUCUUCUGCCCGUAAAAUCGAUCUGGAGAAUAACAUUGCACAACGAUUCAAUCUAUCCGGUGGAAGUUUUAAAAUUAUGUAUCAGGAUGAACUUAAUGACUGGAUUUUGAUAACCUGUGAUACAGAUCUGAGUUUUUGUAUGAAAACACUACACAAACUAGGUAGGACAACAAUUGAAGUGUUGGUCAGUUGAUCAGCAUCUGUGAACCUUUGUACAAUUAAUUUGUUUGUUAAUAUUGGUGCUCUAGUACGACAAGCUUUACUGUGGUCAUUAAGCAGCUUAUAGGUUGUCCCAUAAGUUGCUCAAUAUACAAUUAAAUCUUGUCAACGAGAUGACCAAAAGUCUAGUUGGUAGAAUGAUACUAAGUCUGAAUUUUAUUUGUUGUAGCCCAUAUUUGUAUCCCUCAUUCCUCUCUCUCAUUUUCAAUUCCCACUUCUCGCUUUCCAUGACGGCACAA